UUAUUUAAUAACAAAAAGCCAUCCAAUAUGGAAGAGGAACUAAGAUUUAUCAAUAGCCACAAAGGAGUCACCGUAAAAGACGUUGCAGCUGAUGAAUUCAUCAAGACUUUCGCUGCCUUCUUGAAGAAAUCAGGAAAAUUCAAGAUCCCAGAAUGGUCCUCUUAUGUUAAAACCGGAUGCCACAAGGUACUCGCUCCUUUCGACCCAGACUGGCUUUAUGUAAGAGCUGCUGCCGUCGCUAGAUAUCUCUAUAUUAGAAGAAGAGCAGGAAUGAAACUUUUGAGAAACCACUUCGGAGGAAGAAAGAGAGGUGACCUCCACAGAGAGCACCAUGUCCUCACUGGAGGAAAGUGUAUCAGAUACUGCCUUCAACAACUCGCAAAGAUGGAAUUAAUUGGUAUCGUCCAGGUUAGAGGAGAUGAUGACAAAGUUAUCUCAACUCAAGGAAGACAGAUCACCAAUAAAGGUAUUAGAGACAUGGACAGAAUCGCCAGACAAAUUAAAAGAGGCUAGAUAAGUUGCUCAUAAUAAUGAUA